UGUAGAGUGUAAAGCAUAAGAGGAAGUGAGAAAGACGUACGAGGAGGGGAGAGCGAGACAGGCGAGAAGAGCAAGAGCAGGGGAACGAGAAGUGGCUGCUUUGGUUUGGCGAAGGGAUCAGGAAAGAGGCAAGAGGGUGAGAACGAGGAAAGAGCAACAGCGUAGCGACUAGCGCGCGCCGUGGUGUGUGUCGGUCGGUCGGUUCUCGCCGCCAUGCUAGUGGUUAGUUUAUUAGUGAACAGUAAUGAUGUGGCAAAACGUUCACACAAGUUAAGGCUGGAGCAACGCCGCGUUACCGGCGAGCCGUCGUUAUGUUCUUCGUAAUUCUCGUUCGAUAAGCGUAAACACGCUCGCGUUACACUGCAGAAGUAAGUAGCUGCGACGAGGCAGCGACAACAGCCCACAUUCGCGAGAAUCCGCGAUCGGUGCAGCGCCAAAGUCACACAAGCUUAAAUCCUAAUGUGAAGUCACACGGACGCGAACGUUUCGUAAACAUCUCGACGAACACGUUCCCCAGGACGACAAGCCACCUCCAUCACAAACCACCACAAGGGAAGAACGAUGCUGGAUCCGAGCGUUUUGACGGAUUUAGAGGAGUUGACACUGUGCAGUUAUUGUAAACAAAAGUACAACGACUCUGAGCAGUGUCCAAAGUACCUUAGUUGCAAGCAUUUCUUCUGUUUGCGAUGUAUAGAAAACAAUUUCAUAAAAGGCCGCGAAUUGUUUUGUGCUCACUGUUGGAAGAGGACAGAACUAGGUGAUCAAGGACCUGAUGCCUUACCAACACAUUCUGCCCUCCUAGCACUAGCUAAUAAUUUUUCACAUCUCAAGAUAAACACGAACAGCACUUCCGUAAAAAGCAUUGAGAAGGAAAGAAAGAGUGAAAAUUGUCACACGCAUGGAAUGCCACUAGCAUUAUGGUGCGGAACUUGUUGUGCGGCCCUCUGUCGUGCUUGUGCGACACCGCAAGAACACCCAGGUCACCAGAUUAAAUCACAGACUGAUGCCAAAGAACAACUUAUAUCCGAUGUUCAAUUGGAGUUAGUUGCAAUGGGAAAGCUAUCAUCGGAAAUUCAAAGACUGGCGAUGCAGCAGCGAGAGUUCUUGAUCAAAGUGUUGGAGGCUUGUGUGACACUAAAAACACACGUGGAAACUGAUUUGCAAAACGGCUGGACUCACUUUCCCGAGAUAACGGACGCACGAGAGACGUUGGGGAAAGCCAAGGCCAGUUUGCAGAUGAUAGAGAGUCCAAACGACGUCUACAACUUGCACGCUCAGCUGAUUAUCGAGAAGCAGAGGCUACAAGCUAAGUACCAAGAGAUGAUCCUGCAAUGCCAACUGGACGACUUGAUUGGCAAUUCUGGAGUAAUUUUCGACUUCGCGUUACUAAAGCAAGCACUGGCUGGGAUCCAUUCGGGCGAAUCAGUGAUUCCUCAAACGCACGGAAACGGAGGCCGAAUUCCGGCUUCACAAAAUCCUAUUUUAUUUCUUGCAAAUUACUGCAUGUCUCAACUGUAUUCCAGGCAUGUCGUAAGCAAGCAGCACUUGCAGAAUGGAUCAAUCGACUAUCACUCAAACAUGGUCGGUCCGCAAGUUCCACCUGCUUCCGUUCAUGUUCACCAAGGACCACCUCCGCAACAACAGCAACAACUUCUCAUUCCACCAGGUUCGCCGUCCGUGAAAUCGGCUCCACCUGCACCACCCAACACAAUGAUUCAUUCCCAGCAACAGUCUACUUUUAUACCAGAUGCAGGUACUAGCAGCGGUCCUCUAGUAACAGUCCACUCUCCACAGCAACCGUCCAGUAACAUCACGCUCCGUGGUCCCUCCAAUCCUUACCCAAUGUAUUUCUUUAACAUAGAGGUGAACGGAUCGCCCCAUGGUCGAAUCGUGAUUGAAGUGAGACCGGACGCAGCGCCAAAGAUGGCAAAAAAUUUCAGCGUGCUUGCCACAGGGGAGAUCGGAGUUGGUUACAAGGGUUGCACGAUAUUCCAGUGCUGGGAGGGUGAGUCGGUGAUUACCGGUGACUUUGAGCUUAACAACGGUCGCGGUGGGAGGAGCAUAUUCGAGGACGGGUAUUUCAUGCCAGAUGAUACGAAAUUCCCAUCUGUGAGAGGUGCCGUCGGUAUGCGAAGAACGCAAAAGCGACACGACAAUCUCGGCAUGGUGGGGUCUCAGUUCCGCAUAAUAUUACAGGAAAUGCGAGGUUUUACCGCAAUCUUUGGUCACGUGGUGGAAGGUCUGGAUUUGGUGGAGAAAAUAUCUACGUUUGGUGACCAGACUGGGAAGCCCACCAAAACAAUUCUGAUCACCAAAUGUGGUAAGUUGUAACAAUCGGACGGCGCGCGAGUCCGACGAGUCGCAAUAUCCAUAGUCCCUGUGUUUUCCGGUGAUGUAGAGUGGUCGCGACGGUACUGCAGAGAAAGAGGGGUUUCAUAGUCGAAUGGGGGGUGCAAUGUUGUAGUAAAUUAGGGAUGGGUGAAGAGUAGAUCAAUUUGUUGACGGUAUCGGUGCGGAGCUACAGUCGUAGGGAAAAAUUUGUAGGAUUAAAUCGCUAGUUCGCGCAAUUGCUCCCAAAGUGCGAUCCUCUCACGGUGCUUCGUACGUUGAAUCACACAACUUCGACUAAUAACAAUAGGGAAAAUGUUAAAUCUAUUUUUAAACGUGACACAUAUAGAGGAAAUAACGAAAAUGCAUAUUUUGCUAUUGAUCGGGAAUUAACGCGAUUCAAUAUCUAUUUAUAACUGACGAUGAUCAGCGCGUACGUACCUCAGAUCGAUCGUCAUAUCGAUACGACUCCUAGCUGUAUGGUACUUGUUUCAAAAAAAUUCUGAACGUUUAUUUUCGCUAUCGGCGUAUUGUCUAGUUAUAAAUGCGACGCGCGCCGUGACGAUAACGGCGCCGCAGUAGAAACCAUAGGUCGUUGUUAGAUACAUGUAAAGGGGGAUUAAGUCAAAUGGACGGGAAGAUCGUACACAUAUAAUACAAAUAUAUAUAUAUACAUACAUAUAUAUAUAUAUAUUAAAAAAGCAUAUAUAUUUUUAGACGGGGACUUGUGUGUAUUUUGGCUCAAGUGCGACUCGACAAGUAAAUGAGUCGCAUAGGUUCAGAGCAAUCGCGGUACCAUUUUGUUUGUUGGACAAUUGUACAUCCUUCCAAAGAGGAAAGGGAAAGGGGGAUGCGGCUCUACGUACCGAUUCCAAAAUACUCGUUUCACUUUGAGGUUGCGGACUACUCCCUUUCUGCUUUCCAUCGACUAGCGGAUUUGUCGUUGAAUCGUAUUUAAGAUUGGAUCUCAGUACACGAAUGUAUGCAAGGCCUAACUACCGCGUAGAACGAAAGUUUCGUAGGUCCUCUUUGAAAACGAAUGAAAUGAGCGGAAUAAUAUGUGUGAAGAAAUAUUUAACGAAUCAUUCCUUUAUAAUGUAUAUCGAAAUAUCUAAUACGACUAUGUAAUGCGUUAUAUUUUACUCGUGUAAAUUGUCGUGAAUCCCAACGUAACGAAUAUAUUAUAGUAAAAUGUACACGUACACACGCAAGACGGGCGAGUCGCAUAUCUCGCUCGCAUAAAACGUACUGACACGUACUAUACAUAUUAUAGAUACGCACGUUUAGGUGGAGUGUAAAUACUCAAAUUUAUAGAAUCAUUGAGCAAAAAAUUGAAUCAGUCAAUCACUAUGGUGCAAUAAUGCCUUUUUUGUUGUUGAAACAGUUGAAUAUAUCAAAACUGAAAUUUCUUCAAAAUGAACGUUAAGAACAUUCCACUAUUUUUAGUUUCUCAACAACAAUAACGAAAAUGACACACACAAAAAAUGUUAUAAGUUUACCUCUCUGUUAAAAGAAAUUUACUCACUCUGAAUCUGAGGUUUUUACAAUGAAAAUAUCGAAUGUUUGUUUUUACAUUAUGUACUUAUUCCGAGCAGGUCUGCAACAUUAUACAUUCUGAAGCUGAAAUUUUAACGAUUCUGAUCUAGUGAACAAUUAUUUUACGGUGGUGUGACUGUUUUACUUGAAGUGGCGGCUAGGACAACCUUUAAAUUCAGAUAAGAAAGGAUAUUAACAGAUUUUUUGUCUACCAAGCUCAACCGAUUCUGUAAAUUUGAGCAUUUUCACUUUGCCCUAAUGCACGUCCUCGUCGUCGCGAAUGCCUUUUUCGAAGAAAACCUCAUUCGAUGUUGAACUUGAAAGUUUUAACGCUGUUAAUUAUCUAUUAAUGAUUAAGUAGCGCGCGAAAGUCGCAUGACGAAACGAUAAUGCGGCUAAGUGCACGACUCGAAAGGGUGGUCGAGCUCGAACAAAUCUCUCGUUCCGGUUGUAACGACAAAACUCUAUGUACAAUAUUUUUCGAGCUUCGACAAGGAGAAAAAAAUGUAUAUGCGCUCAUCUUACCGAAUCGAGCAGCCCACCUGUAUAUAUAUUUUUAUGAACGUGAGGAAUCAACGACGCAUAGUUGGUGAGAGCCGAUCUCGAGUAUCGUCGACUCUUUCCCUUGCCCGCGUUUUCAAACCAAGCGGUCAUUACAUUCUUUUAAUUGUUCUUUUAAUUUCUUCUUUCAAUUAAUUUUAAUUUAAGGCACAAGACUAUCGAAAAUUCGGACUUGUUCCUUUGACGCUUACGGCGACGUGUGUUCGUAGCACUAUUGUUUUAAUCAAGGACCCAAAACUCAUAGUUUACCGCAGAACUAGGUAAAUGUUUCGUUACCGUACUCAAUGUACUUUUAAACAUUCAACUUUGAGUUAUAAACUUUUUUCCCCUUCA